AUGCAGAGAAAAGCCUGUGAUCAAUGCUUUAGUAGAAAGAAAAGAUGCUUGAUGCGCCCGGCGUCCUCCAUAUGUGUCCGAUGUGAGAAAUCAUCCCUUGCCUGCACCAUUGCCCGACAGCAACUACGCGCAGGGCGCCCGCCGAAACAAGAACAUCCUGGGGUAGCGAAAGGGUCACUCGCUAUAUGGGACUAUGCGCUAUCAAAGGGUAGCCCAGAAGAGGAAGGUCGGGAGGAACCCCAGAUCGUAAUUAAGUCCAGCGCGACCCAAGAUGCAGGGGAAGGGUCUCCCUCGGAGUCCACACAUUCGGGAUCCUCCACGCACCUAGAGGUUGAGGACUUCUAUGUUCUACACGAUAUCUAUAUGUUUGGAUUGACGUUUGCAAAGGACUUCCAACAGGCCCUGGAAUACUGCUACCGUCAUUCCGCGGAUCUGUUGGAUGAAACUUUCGCUGCUAUCAGUAGCUGUCUCUCGUGGGCUCGUUUUGGCUUGCUCACAGCCGAUCAAGUCGAUGUGAGGAGCGGUGCUGCUUCUGUAGAGAAGCUUAGAAAUGCUGUCAUUGUGGAUACCCAUGAUGCACUCGCAGUUCUAAUGCUGGGGCAGGCACUAGCGGCGUUUGAUUCCCUGGUCACAUCCACAGGAGAGAUCUCCAUUCUUCGAUGCUCCUUGUCCCUUGUUCACCCAUGGUAUCCGGAUAUUGCUCGCAACCGACUUCUAGAACCCAUCGCGAUCGCACCAAUCUUUUGGGACACGGUAUGGUGCCUACUGCAUCGUGAAGUCCCUGUGAUCCGACCGCUGUUCAAUCGUGCAGGAGUCGUUGACCGAGUAGCAGGUCUCUGUACGUCCCUGCUGUAUAUACUCUAUGAUUUGUGUGUUGUCAGCAAGCAACUCGCAGACGGAUCUGCCCAGGAAACGAUUCUUGAGGAAGUUGAGCAUCGGAUCCGGACCUGGUCGCCUGAUGACUCUGGUCUCUGUUUGGAGACGUACAGCGAAUUAGAGAUAUUAUCAAUGCGCACACAGGCAACGAUGUAUCGAACCGCUGCUCUCCUUCUCAUCCAUCGCCUGCGUCAUCCACUGACCUUUGACGAUACGACCGCAACUGCCCUUGCCAGUGAUAUCCUUGACGCCAGAAGUCAAUUCUUUGCGGAUGCCGGAACCGGUGCCAAGCUACAAAAUACCACUUUCCCACUAUUCCUUGCCCUUCUCGAAAUUCCCAUUUCCCUGGAAGGCCUUUGGGAGAGCUCAACGUGGCUUCGCACUCGACCAGCUUGUGUGGACCGUUUGUUUGUCUUCAACCAGUAUUACUGGGAUCAACGACGGUCGGGGUUCAAUGGCUCGCUCUUUGAUCUUAUAGAAAGUGGUCCUGAAUUUGUUCCGGUGUUCUGCCCUACUCCUUGGCCUAAGGCAUCCAGACCAAAUUGCCUCCGCUCAUAA